CCGAAAAAUGACCGACACAUCUCCACUCGCCUUUCCCUCGAUCUUUGACUUUUGACGGUGUCGUCUCGUUAUACGUUGGGACGAGUAUUGCCUGUGUGAGUGUAUAUGUGUGUGUGUGCGCGCGCGCGAGGCGGCGACAAUCACAGGCGGCUGCUGUCAAAAUCGGUUCUUCGUUAUCAAAAUUGGGUCGAGAAAUCCCGACGUCUCACUUUAAGACCCGGCGAUCGUGUUUAGUCUCGCCGCCAAUUAAUUGUUUCUUUAUUCUUCACAAUUCACGUUGUUGUAAACCAAUUGGAGCAACAUGCCGGCUGUACGAGGGGAUGGCAUGCGAGGAUUAGCCGUAUUCAUUUCGGACAUAAGGAACUGUAAAAGCAAGGAAGCAGAAAUCAAGAGGAUAAACAAAGAAUUGGCAAAUAUCCGAAGCAAAUUCAAAGGUGACAAAACCCUCGAUGGAUAUCAGAAGAAGAAGUACGUGUGCAAACUUCUUUUCAUUUUUCUUCUUGGCCAUGACAUUGACUUUGGGCAUAUGGAGGCUGUGAAUCUUCUGUCGUCGAACAAAUACUCGGAAAAACAAAUCGGAUAUCUCUUCAUAUCAGUCUUAGUUAACACGAACAGUGAUCUUAUAAAACUCAUUAUACAAAGUAUCAAGAAUGACCUUGGUUCUCGCAAUCCGAUUCAUGUUAAUCUUGCUCUUCAAUGUAUUGCAAACAUCGGCAGCAAAGAAAUGGCCGAAGCUUUUGGCAACGAGAUACCAAAAUUGCUUGUAUCAGGGGAUACCAUGGACGUAGUGAAACAAAGUGCUGCUUUAUGUCUACUGAGAUUAUUGCGUACAGCUCCUGACGUCGUUCCCGGUGGAGAGUGGACUUCUCGUAUAGUUCAUCUUCUUAACGACCAACACCUCGGCGUUGUAACAGCAGCUGCGUCCUUGAUCGACGCCCUUGUCAAAAGAAAUCCCGAUGAAUACAAGGGAUGUGUUAGCCUAGCAGUGUCACGACUGAGUCGAAUUGUUACUUCAAGUUACACGGAUCUCCAGGAUUACACUUAUUAUUUCGUCCCAGCCCCAUGGUUGUCCGUAAAAUUACUUCGGCUGCUCCAAAAUUACACGCCUCCAGCCGAAGAUCCAGGUGUACGUGGAAGAUUGAACGAGUGUCUCGAGACAAUAUUGAAUAAAGCGCAAGAACCACCAAAGUCGAAAAAAGUUCAACACUCGAACGCGAAAAACGCGGUGUUAUUCGAAGCGAUAAGUCUCAUAAUACACAACGACAGCGAACCAAAUUUAUUGGUACGAGCGUGCAAUCAACUCGGCCAGUUCCUCUCGAAUCGUGAAACGAAUUUGCGCUAUUUGGCACUUGAGUCGAUGUGUCAUCUCGCUACAUCGGAAUUUUCUCACGAGGCUGUUAAAAAGCAUCAGGAAGUUGUAAUACUCUCGAUGAAAAUGGAAAAAGAUGUUUCAGUCAGACAGCAAGCGGUUGACUUGCUUUAUGCUAUGUGUGACAAGAGCAACGCCGAAGAAAUCGUUCAAGAAAUGUUGAAUUAUCUUGAAACUGCUGAUUAUUCGAUCCGGGAAGAAAUGGUUUUGAAAGUUGCUAUUCUUGCGGAAAAAUAUGCUACGGACUACACUUGGUACGUCGACGUUAUAUUGAAUCUUAUAAGGAUAGCUGGUGAUUACGUUUCCGAAGAAGUUUGGUACAGGGUCAUUCAAAUAGUCAUCAAUCGUGAUGACGUGCAAGGUUAUGCAGCGAAAACAGUCUUUGAGGCGUUGCAAGCACCUGCGUGCCACGAAAAUAUGGUCAAAGUCGGUGGAUACAUUCUCGGUGAAUUUGGCAAUCUCAUCGCAGGUGAUCAGCGAUCUUCGCCUUCCGUGCAGUUCCAAUUAUUACAUUCCAAAUAUCACUUGUGCUCUCCCAUGACACGAGCGCUAUUGCUCUCAACGUACAUCAAAUUCGUGAAUCUCUUUCCGGAAAUACGGGGUCAGAUUCAAGACGUUUUCAGGCAACACAGCAAUCUUCGUAGUGCUGAUGCUGAAUUGCAACAGAGAGCAUCGGAAUAUCUUCAACUUAGCAUAAUCGCGUCUACCGAUGUUUUGGCUACGGUUUUGGAAGAAAUGCCAGCUUUCCCGGAAAGAGAAUCAUCUAUUUUGGCUGUUCUGAAGAAAAAGAAGCCUGGUCGCGUGCCUGAAAAUGAAAUACGAGAGAGCAAAAGCCCAGCCCCGAACACGAAUCACCACUCUGAAGCUCCCUCGGCCGUUACUAUAGCAGCAAUAAACAAUUCGUCUGCAGAUUUACUCGGUCUAUCGACACCACCUUCCUCGCAGCCUACGAGCAAUACCGGCGUGUUACUCGAUGUUCUCGGUGAUAUUUACAAUACACCAAACAAAGUCGGUGCUACGAACGGUGCUCAAAAUACCUACAAUCCUAAGAAAUUUGUGUGCAAAAACAACGGUGUUCUGUUUGAAAACGACCUCAUCCAGAUCGGUGUAAAAUCGGAAUUUCGACAGAAUCUCGGUCGCAUAGGUCUGUUCUACGGUAACAAGACACAAUACGCUUUGCACGGUUUUCAACCCCAGUUGUCCUGGUCGGAAGAAAAUCAAGCGAAGUUGGCGGUCCAGGUGAAAUCUGUGGAUCCGGUUUUAGAAGCUGGUGCACAAAUACAGCAGAUGAUUAAUGCGGAAUGCAUCGAUGACUACAACGAUACGCCUAGUAUGGUAAUUUCAUUUAUAUACAACAACGUACCGCAAAAAAUAACCAUGAAACUUCCAUUGACGAUUAACAAGUUCUUCGAGCCAACGGAAAUGAAUGGCGAGUCCUUCUUUGCUAGAUGGAAAAAUCUUGGCGGAGCUAAUCAGCAACGUUCUCAAAAGAUCUUUAAAGCCCAAGCACCGAUGGAUCUGGUACAGGUUCGCACAAAGUUGCAAGGCUUCGGAAUGCAGCUUCUUGACGGCAUCGAUCCGAAUCCCGAUAAUUUCGUUUGCGCUGGAAUUGUACACAUGAGAGCUCAGCAAGUUGGAUGUUUGUUACGUCUUGAACCCAACAAACAAGCACAGAUGUUCCGGUUAACAGUACGUUCGAGUAAAGAAUCUAUGUCUAUCGAAGUUUGCGAUCUUCUGGUAGAUCAGUUUUAAGGAGUUUUUAGAUUCUGAGUAAUCUAUAUUUAUCAUCGUUUCAUCGUCGUGUCGUUUUACUUCGGGAGAAAAACAUAUUGUUGGACGAAACGCGUGACGUCGAUUCACAAUGUUGAAUGCCGACAAUGCUAAUGAUGCGUUGACGAACCGAGCCUGUUGUAUCCAAGCUGCUACUCGAGAAGAACCGACCAACAAAUCGGCCAUCUCAUCGAAAUGGAGGAAGAGAAUGAGAAAGAGUCAGAAUGUAGAGAAUAGAGUGACCCUGUCAAGAUAAUAGGGCAUUGAGCGGGAUUUCCAAUUUAAAUAUCGAAAGCUGCGAAUGCGAGUCAGUUGAAACAAAAUUCUAGAGAUUAUAUCUUCAUCGGUUAAAAAUAUACGCAGUACUUUUAGAAUGCACAAUCCAUUUGAAAUGAGAAGAAAAACAAAAUCUGUUCAUUUUAAAGCGAACAAAAGUCUUUUUUUGUUUGUUUUAAAUGAAUUCGCUAUGAUACUAGCUUUUUAUUAUGAUUUCGUAAAGUAGCGGAUCGAGCCAACAUUGUUUUCCUUUUAUUUUUAUCAUUCGUCACGAGCACCACCUCAAUCAUGUAAACAUUUGUGACUCGAGCCGCACUGGACUAAGAAAUGCUAAAAAGCAAUUGAUAGGAUGAAAGGAAAAGCAAAGUUUACUCUCGAGAAUAUGACAGUUGGCGUACGAUAAUUAAUGUCAGCGUAUGCCUACGAAAAUUGCUCGUAACCAAAAGAAUUUUCCCCGAUCAUCGCGCUCCACGAAUAAGUUGAUGGAUAAUUGUAUUACGUUCAUUCAUUAUUUCGGCACGCAUCUCAUUUUGUGUUUCGACGGGACAGAAAAAGAGAUUAGUUAGCUCGGAUGAAACGGCCCGAUAUUGUAGCUGUAUGAUAUUAAUUAUUAAUUAUUUACAUUAGAAGAGAAAAAAAAUCCUCGUAUUUAAAGAAGCUCAAAUAUAAACGACAUGAAUAACAACAACAGAAGGAUCAUUUUCUGAAAUAUUGUAGAUUCCGCUUAGAAUUUUUUUGAUGCAUCGUCUGUUAUUUAUUUGGUUUUCAAAAAAAUUCUUUUAACUCGAGUUAACCGAUCGAUCCAUGACUGGUUGCGACUGUCUCUAUACAUUAUAUAAAAAUGUUUAAACGAUACAAAAAUAAUGGAAAUGAUAUUUAAAAAUUUCACGUUGAAACGAUUUUCGAAACUAUUCGUUCAAACAGAAGCUCGUACUCGUACGUAAUUUGUCUGAGAAUUGUAUAAUCCUGUCUUUUCGCAUGUUUCGCUUCUUAUUUUGUUCUUCUAAGUUAAAAAUACCGAAUAGAUCAGCUUACAAAUUGUAAACAUGUUGAAAUGUAAAUAAGCGAGCUUCAACGAUUGUAGGGCUAAAUCAUAAAAAUUGCAAUCUUUGAAGCUUUCGUUUCCUUUCUUUUUAAUCAGUAUAUUUCUUAUGCUACGGAAUCUCGAUUCCAUGUGGAUUUUUUUUUCUCAUUCAUUCGUUUUUCUCGAGAUGCACAUUUUUUUCUUUCCGACAUCUUUUUCAUGAUGUUUAUAGUAUGUAAUGAUUUAUCCCGCAUGUGAUCGACGUAUUUGGCUUUACCUCUCGUGGAUGGAUGAAUUUAAUCGAUUGGAAACGAACAUUUAAGCAUUAAAAUAGCGGAUAAUAUAAUUGUAAAGUAUAUUUUUUGUCUUCUGACCGUUUGGAUGCUGUCUCGAGAGUUUUAAGAUUAUUGGGAUCGAUUGUGAGACAUAAAAGGGAAAGCCAACCAUGAAUUAACUUUGCACACCUCCUCUUUCCUCAAUUAGACUAGCGUCAUUCGAAUCUCACUGUGUGUUGUUGAAAAUAGCACGUUAUUAAUGUCGCGAUUAAUUGAAAGAUGAAAAAUCAUAUUUUCGAAUGUAAAAUCAUAUUUUUUUCUCCAAAUAUCAAAUUUUUAUGUCCUUACGAAGUAUGCAUCACAAAACCAAAGGAGGUCGUAACCAGUCACGGAUACAAAGCGAAUCGAUCGUGCGCGAAGACUUCUGUCUGUCCCCUAAAUAAUCCAGAAAUCAUUUAGGUGAUCCGUGCGUUGUAAAAAAAAAAAAACAAAAAACAAAAAACAAAAAACAAAUGUAGCCAGUCUUAAAACAUUUGGACCCGCGAAUGCAGAAAUCCACGUAAAUAUAUACGAGAUAUUUCACACCAAUCCAGCGAACUUUUUUACCUGAACCUUGCCAAUUCGUUCAUUUUUUUCUUAUAAUUGCAUCACCUCUGAGAGAAACCCUGAAAUUUUUACAGAUUUCUUACAGUCUUUAUCGAAAUAUACUGCCUGUUUGCCGAAAUCUCAAAAUAUUUCAGAGCGUUCUUCAGAGUAUUAAAUCAUAUUUGAAAAGUGGAUCAACAUGGCAAGGGUCAGGGAACAAGCCUCGGAGGAUUGACGUGAAGUGCCUAGUAUGUGUCUAUGAAUCUACGAAGAAAAAUAUAUGAUCUUAUAUAUAAAUGGUAUAAUUAUUAAAAUUCGUAUAGAUAUAUAUAUAUUAUAUAUAUAUGAAUAUAUACACAUCCCAGAAUAUUACGAGCGUGAAUGCAGCACGAUUGUUAUGGGUCAUAUUGGAGAUAAAAUAAGAAGAAAAGAGAGAGAGAGAGAGAGAGAGAAAACAAAUGGAAAUCGAUUAUUAAUAUAUGUGAAAAGCUGUAGUGCGUUUACCGCGAUUGCCAUAGAGUUUAUUUCCAAAGCACUUUAUAGCUCUUCGAGGAUGUUUGCGCCCAAGUCUCAUUAUUUCGCCCCUCCCCCUCGAUGUAUACGUCAUUAUUAUAUAUGUAUAUCUGCCCCUUAUAUUCUCAUUCCCUCUCACGUUUCCCCUGCCUGAUUGAGUUUAUUACUUGAAACAAUAAUUUAAAAAAAGGAAUAAUGUCUCGUUUAAUGAAAAAAUGCAAGUUCGAGGACUACCACUUUUUGUUUUAUAUACUUUUUUCCUCCCUGUAAUAAUCAAUUGUUUUGUAUCGUUGAGCCCUCUAUGUACAUGUAUGUUUGUAAGAUCAUUAUUGAUUUAUAUUAUUAAACGAUAUAAUAUCUCUCGUACAAACCCCACGUCUUUGCAGUGUUCACCAUUAUUUUACGUCUCUUUUCAUUUUUGUCCUUUCCAAUCAUCGUAGAAAAUCCACCUCAGGGAUGAAUGACGAAGCAACGUUUGGCCUUUUUUUCUUGUUAUUUUUCGAACGUAUUUAUCAGAGCUUGUGAUCACCACGCAUCGACGAAAAAUUAUUCGUUGAUUCGAAGCUUUAUUGUAAGACGAUCGUACAACUCGAAAGUGAAACAAGACUGCCAGUCGUGUAAAUCAUUCAGCAUCGCUCUCGUUUACACACGUAUUCGCAUGCAUGUACAGACCGAUCAUAAUGUCGAGUUUAGAAAUAGAAUGAUGGUUUUCAAUGUUUUUUUUUGUUCGAACUGUUUUCUGAUGGAUCCGAAAAGCGAAUUGGAGUUCGGUCAAUCAUUCGACAGGUUUUGAAAAAAUACUUGAAUCGCUUACAAAGUUUGAGUAAAAUCAUGUCCCUGGCAUUCCAUGGUCGCGUUCUUUUGGUCGAGAUUGAUUUUUCUGAUCGUGUUAAAAGCACAGAAAUUAAACGGAGGGGAACGCAGGAAAAAAUUCUUGAUGAGAGAAUUUGCUCAACCGUGCUCAUUCGCAUUUAUCGUGCAAAUCAAUUUCACAUUUUCCUUUGCCACCUGCCAAUCGUCUCUUGUGCCAUAUCAUCGAAUGCCAUCGACUCAUACGGGAAGAUCUCGAGGCGUGCGUUUUUCGCGUACCUCCUCGCAUGUACAAAACACACAUUUACACGACGAAAAAAACUGUGCGAAUGUAUCGAAACGUCGAGUCUGAGCGUAUACGUAAAAGGGCUUGAAUCCGCGAGUGUGUCGAGUGGAAAUCAUGCUUUAUUUUUCUCUCAUGUUUCACAUAAUAUUUAGUUUAGGUUGCAACUGUACAAUGAACCCGUUGUCUCCGGGACUGAACCAAAAUCAUCGUACCUACGAGUUAAUCGUAAACUUCUUUAACAAUAUUUAAAAUAUACACGAUAACACGUAAUCUUAAAAUGAUAAAUAAAUUACAGAAUAAGUGUUGCUGGGACGAGUGUGUCUCUCGAUGAGCGUCAAUAAUCCCAAGCUUGAGUAUAACUACGAAGAAAAAAUAUUCACGCUCCCUAUCAAGUCCAAAAGAGAUCGAACGAAUGCUACGAUUUGGCGUUCCCGCAAUUCGAUAAAUAAUCGCCAACUUUUCAAGUCUCAUUCUUCCUCCCCAAAAAUUCAAAGGUUUCCCGAAACAAAUAUUUCCCCUCCAUUUUCCUCAGUGUGAAAUUCCCCUCGUGAACGAAGCACAUGCUCCUCGUAGAAUAAUCCUCUUGACAGGAAGUUAAAGCCAAGUUCAAACUUCAUACUUUUCCGCCUCUUUAUUCCCCAAUAUGCGAGGAUCCUCGUUGGCACAAAAACCGUCGUCUUAAGUGAAAAUGGCUCGAGGAACAAUAAAUAAACAUCUCGAUUUCUCAAUCCCCUUGAAAAUACCUUAAAGCCAUACAAAUUCAACGUUUCAACGACUGUUUUCCAAUCCCUGAAACUUUGACAAAUAAUAUUCGAUAAAAACGAUGACGUGAUUGUACGAGCUUUACAAGAGUCAAGGAGUAGGUGCCCGAAACACACGCGAUCGUUUGCACUCGUUAAUCGCUACACGCAAGACGAAACUGCUUUAUUGUUAUCAUAGGAUAUAACGACGAUUUGCGUUUAUAUAGUCGGAUCGAGAAACCCUCGCAAUAUCACUAUCGCGAAAGCAUUUUCCCUGAAGAAUAGACAUUCGAAUGUUCCUCGUCUCGAAAAAUAUCUUCAUUGUAACAUUACACUACGAAUAGUAGUACAUACAGUAGGUACACAGAAAUCUAUUCGAGGAUGAGUAAAGAUCUUUGGUUGUAUACAAAAAAAAAAAAAAGAAAAAAAAAACCGUUGUAUAUGUCAUCGAUUAUAUUUACAUAGUCCAAAAGAGAGACGAAUGCUAACAUUGAUAAUAAAGUGGAUAAUAAUAUUAAUAUUCAAAUGAAUAGUUUAUAAUUAUCGAUAUAAUAUAUAAUGAUAAACGAGAGUGCGAAGCUGAUCGUUUCUGUACACGUUGUUCGCUGAAUAGAUGAAUUAUUAUAUAAAUAGUGUAGGAAUAAUAACCAACGACGACUAACUAUAUAUAGUGAUGAAAUAAUGGGGAAACUCGAUCGGGAGGAUACGCGACGACCUCAAGAUCCAAACAUUUUGUUCGCUGAUGUUGGAUUUACGAGGUUGGAGAAUCAAUGAUUAUAGUUACGAAGCUGUGUAAUUCCCGAUCGAUGUUGAAAAUAAAUACAAUAUGUACACUGCUGUUUUAA